AUGCGCUUCUCUAUCAUCUCUGUUGCUACCAUCCUGGGCGCCGUCGCCGUCACCGCUGCUCCUGCGGCUGUGGAGGAACGCCAGUCCUGCUUGAACCCUCUCCUCUGCUGCCCUGAUCUCAAGACUCCUCUGGACCCUACCCUUGAUCCGAUCCUGUUGACUCUCGGUAUCAAUGCUACCGCUCUCGAGGGUUCUAUCUGCCUUAACGGCCAAGCCUACACCACCAGCUGCGCCACUGGCCCCAGGUGCUGCACGGAGGUCAACCUUCUGGGCGGUCUCGUCGCUCUCGGCUGCUAG